AUGAACGAUGAUAUCAGUGUAGAAUGUUGCAGUAACGAAGUACCAUCAUUAAAAUUCAUUUCUACACGAUGUAUCGCUAUUGUGCUAUUCCAGACCAAUGUUCAUUGGAGAAAAUUAGAUGAAGUGAUUCAAAUUAUUCAAAGAUGGGUUUAUAAAGCAAAUUUGGGACCAUCAAUUAAAAAGCAAUUGCAAUUAGGAUUAUAUGAUGUUUAUCGUGAAAUUGAACGUUGGAAUGAAAAACAUGCGAAAUUAUUUGAUGAGGAAGGAAAAGAUGAAACAACAGGUGAAAUGUUACGUCAACGGGUACAUCGUAGCAAUCAUUUACGUUUAUUUUACGGAAGCAUCGUUUGGAAAUAUAAUAA